CUUUGCCUCUCCCCCCUGAAAAGGUUCUGUUCUUGGAGUGACAGCACGAAGUUGAGAUUCCUUGGAAACAAGAUGGAAAUAUCUUGAAAGUUAGGCAAAUGAUCAUUGAGAUGCCAAUGACUGCUAUCUGUUCAUUCAGAGCAUUUAGCUGACCUAUCUAGGUGAAGCCAGGGCUUCAUAAGCUGAUUCCAUGAGAACCAAGCCAAAUUUUACGCAUUCAGAAUUUUCAGAUUAGCUUCUGCUAAAUCUGAUUCCUUUCAUUGUACUGGCAAUUCCAGAGGGACUGGAGAACUGAUCAAUUGGAUUGGUUUUCAAUGGGAGCUACACAGCAGCAUAAAACUUCAGUUAUGUCCGGCAGAUUGUUUUGUCCACCAAAUCAAGAUGUUGAAACCUUCUGCUUGCCUCGGUUCAAAACUAUUGAUCAUCACUUCGGUUACAAUGACAGCAGCCAAGGAAGCCACUUUUCUGUUCAGAAUUCCCGUGAGCUAUUCUGCACUUUGGAGUCUUCUUCAGCAAACGGCAGUUACACUGUUUACAAUUCUCCAUCAACCGUCAGCUUCUCACCCAAUGGGAGCCCAAUGUCUCAGCAAGAGUCUCAGUCCCAUCCCCCUGAGCUGCAUCAUUCCCCAGAUGCCUAUGGUUCUCCUUUUAGUGGAUCCUGUGUAACUGAUGAUGUGAAUGAUUUGAAGCAUAAGUUAAGAGAACUGGAAAGUGUAAUGUUGGGGCCUGAUUCUGAUUUUAUUGAUGGAAUUGAUAAUACCUUCCAUGAUGAAACCAACACAACCUCACCAGAGAUGGACAGCUGGAGACUUGUUAUGGGGGCGAUCUCCAAAGGGGACUUAAAGCAGGGUCUCAUAGACUGUGCAAAAGCCAUAUCAGAAAAUGAUCUGUUGAUGGCACAGUGCUUGAUGGAUAAAUUACGUCAGAUGGUGUCAGUUUCUGGUGAGCCAAUCCAGAGGCUGGGAGCAUACAUGUUGGAAGGGCUCGUAGCACGAUUGGCCUCCUCAGGGAGCUCAAUUUACAAAUCUUUGACAUGCAAAGAGCCUGCUAGUGCUGAUCUCCUAUCUUACAUGCACAUUCUUUAUGAGGUUUGUCCAUACUUCAAGUUUGGUUACAUGUCUGCAAACGGAGCCAUUGCAGAAGCCAUGAAGGAUGAAAGCAGAGUUCACAUCAUUGAUUUCCAAAUUGCUCAGGGGAGUCAAUGGCUAACAUUCAUCCAAGCUUUUGCAGCUAGGCCAGGUGGGCCACCCCACAUCCGCAUAACAGGCAUUGAUGAUUCCACAUCAGCUUAUGCUCGUGGAGGAGGCUUAAAUAUUGUGGGGAAGAGACUGUCUAAGCUUGCCAAGCAAUUUAAAGUGCCAUUUGAGUUCCAUGCUGCUGCAAUGUCUGGCUGUGAAGUUCAGCUAGAACAUCUUGGAGUUCGAGCUGGGGAAGCUCUGGCUGUGAAUUUUGCCUUCAUGCUACAUCACAUGCCCGAUGAGAGUGUCAGCACUAUGAAUCACCGUGACCGGCUGUUGAGACUGGUUAAGAGCCUGUCUCCUAAGGUUGUAACCCUUGUUGAGCAAGAAUCUAACACGAACACGGCUCCAUUCUUCCCAAGGUUUGUGGAGACACUGAACUAUUACACAGCCAUGUUUGAAUCAAUUGAUAUGACCCUCCCAAGGGAUCACAAGGAGCGGAUCAAUGUUGAGCAGCACUGCCUGGCAAGGGAUCUGGUUAACAUAAUAGCCUGUGAAGGGCCUGAGAGGGUAGAAAGACAUGAGCUACUAGGAAAGUGGAGAUCACGGUUCACAAUGGCAGGGUUCACCCCCUGUCCUUUGAGCUCCUUGGUUAAUGCCACUAUCAAAAGACUGCUCGACAACUAUUGUGACAGAUAUAGUCUUGAAGAAAGAGAUGGUGCGCUAUAUCUUGGUUGGAUGGAUAGAGAUUUGGUGGCAUCUUGUGCAUGGAAGUGAGAAUUGGGUACUUAUAGCGCUCCUCUCAGAACUUGGGUAGUGAGCUAAGAGAGACAUUCAGCAGUCCUUUGGUUAUUUACCUCUUUGAAAAUUAGGAGGAAAUCUUAAUGUUUAUGAUUAUUGUUCUCCCAAGGCAGCAGGUGUUCUGACUACUCUCUUAAUUUGAGUAAUUACAAUAAUUCAAGUUUAAAGAA